AUGCUGCACGACGUCCUCAUUAUCGGCGCCGGGCCCGCCGGUCUCGCCACGGCGACCGCCCUCUCCCGCCAGCUAUACACCUCGGUCCUCUUCGAUUCGGGCCUGUACCGCAACGCCCGCGCGACGACCAUGCACAACGUCUUGGGGUUCGACCACGUCCCGCCCGCCGCCUUCCGCGCCAAGGCCAGGGAGGACAUCAAGGCGCGGUACGCCGAGAGUGUGAUCUUUGCCGACGUCGAGGUCUUGAAGACGUCCAAGGUCAAGGAAGGGCUCUUCAGCGCCGAGGACGCCGAGGGGAAGACGUGGCUCGGCAGGAGGCUGGUGCUGGCGACCGGCGUCACUGACAUCAUGCCCGAUAUCCCGGGAUACGGGGAUUGUUGGGGCCACGGGAUCUUUCACUGUCUCUUCUGCCACGGCUUCGAGGAGCGCGGGGCCGAGAGGGUCGGCGUCCUGGCGUUCGGCAUGACGGGGAACCUCAAGAUGGCGACACACAUUGGACACAUGGCCCGUCCCCUCGGUGAAAAAGUCACAAUCUACACACACGGGAACUCCUCUCUUGCGUCGGAGAUCUCCACCAUGGAUGGCAACCCCUUCAAGCUCGACACGCGCAGGAUUGCAAAGAUGCGCAUGGCCGGCGGUGGCGGCGGAGACGAAGGCGGGCACCCCACCGGCGUCACGCUCACCCUGGACGACGGCGACGAGGUCACGGAGAGGUUUCUUGCCCACGGGCCUUUCACAAAGGUCAACGGUCCCUUUGCAGAACAACUGGGGCUGGAGAUGGCGGAGAACGGUGACGUGAAGACGACGCCCCCGUUUGGUGAGACGAGUGUGCCAGGCGUGUACGCGGUCGGGGACUGCGGGAAUAUGGUCAAGGCCGUUGCGCCGGCAAUGACGAGCGGCGCGUUGUGUGCGGGAGGGAUGGUUGUGCCGUUGCAGUCGGAGCCGAGAGUUGGCUUGGAGGCUGAGGCAACGGAAAAGGCACUUGGGUGA